AUGAUUAAGAGGAGAGAAAUCGAGAAGGCGGAGACACCGAGUUCAGAGAUAAGGUCUGCCAUAGAAGAGCUAUCUACGGUGGUGGUGAAGGUUAAACCUGAUGUUGAUGAUGAUGAUGUUGAUGCCCAUAUCCCCGCCAAGCCUUUUCUGUUUGUCUGCAAGUUGGUCAUUCAAGUUCUUGAUAAAAUAGGGCCAACAAUGACUGUUCUCAGGCAAGACAUUGAUCAGAAUAUUCAGAGAUUGGAGAAGAUCCUAGAAUCUGAUCCUUCACUGUACUCAAAUUUGGUUGAGAUAUUGAAGAAAGAGGCUAUUGAAGGCAAUGCCAGAAAUAACACCAGCUGUAGUAGAGCCCUUGUUUGGCUUAUCAGAUCAAUGGAUUUUAUGGUCAAUCUAUUACAAUUAUUAGUGAAGGAUUCAGGAGAGACUAUGGAGCAAGCAGUGGAAGAGGCAUACAACAUCACCCUAAAGCCAUGGCAUAGAUGGAUAUCUUCAGCUGCAUAUAAAGUAGCAAUCAAACUAGUGCCUGAUAACAAUACAUUAAUGAAUAUUAUGAUGGCGAAAGACGAAGACCGUGAAAAGCUUAAAGAGGAAAUGAAGGCUUUGAUCUCAUUACUGGUGCCUCUCUUAGAAAAUAUCCACUCCAUUUUGGGUUCCUAUGGUUUGGAUAACAUGAAGUCUCCCUGAGGAGAGAGAAUGUUUGAAGAAAACAAAACAAUGUACAGAGUUCAGUUUCAUAUAGAGUGUUUUUUUUUUUUUUUUUUUCAAUCCUUCCCUUUAAUGUAGAUAUAUAUUAUAAAUACAAGUAUAUAAAUAGCUCAGCUUGGUUUUUUUUUUAGGUAAAAGGUAAGCUUUAGCUCAGCUUGUUUUGUUAUAA